AUGUACUUAAAAGCAUAUGCAGUGCAUUAUCUUGAUGUUAGUUAUUGCCACGUUCAAACACUUAUUGCAGCUUUUCUAUUAUUAAUACAUUUACGAGCUGAACAAACAUGUUUUGAUGAUCGAUCUGAUGUCAUGACACGAACACAUAAAUGUGAUAAUUUUAUGGAUCUUGUCGCACUUAUAGAACAAAAUGCCAAGCAAUUAUCGUUUAAUGUAUUUUUAGCUGAAAUGGAUAAACUUUCAUUAGCUGAUAUUGAUCUUGCUUAA